GUGGUUCUCUUUUCCUUAUCCAAAGGCCAAAUCUUUUAAACUCCUCUAUAUCUAAAUAGCAUACAUUAUCUUCUUUAGAAACCUCUUAAUCCCCUAUUUUGCGUUACAAACAAGCAUGUCAGAUAAAGUAAAUGGCUUGCCUGAAGACCAAGCAUGGCAGGAGUUAAAGCUUCCAGAGUUGUUGACGAGUGGGGCUGUUAGAGAAAUUCAUGCAACUAUUGAGAAAGAAUGGGAUUUCCUUCAAAGGUCAGCUUGCCAAACGGCUGCGGGAAGGGCUCUGUGGAAGCAUGUGGUCCAUGAUCCACUCGCUGACUUACUGGCAGGGGAGACUUACUUGAGAAACCUCCAUGAAAAGAUUAUAAAAGAUCGUCUCAACAAUGCCCGUGAAAUUUCUGGGGUCAUUCUUGCUGUUCGAACCCUUUGGGUAGAUUCUAGACUACAAGAUGCUCUCAAUUCCCCAUAUGGCAGAGAAGCACAGGUUGUUCUCCUUGGUGCAGGAAUGGACACGAGAGCAUAUCGUUUGAGUUGCUUGCAGGACAGUGAUGUCUUUGAGGUUGACUUUUCAGACGUAUUGGAGGUAAAAACCACUAUUUUACAAGCGGCUAAGGACUCCGCAUACGACCCCCAGCUUAUUAUGUCCAAAGCCAAAUCCUUAACCAGAGUAGCAGCUGACAUAAGAGAAAGUGACUGGAUGGAAAAGCUUCAGAUUGCAGGUUACUUGCCUCAGAAGAGCACUGUUUGGAUUCUAGAAGGUAUCCUCUACUACCUCACCCAAUCCCAAGCCAUGCAAGUGCUUAGGAUUUUAGCUAACAAAUGCGCCCUAACCCACACGGUCCUCUUAGCGGACUUCAUGAAUAAGUCAUCAACCACGCUAUCCAAUUCAGCCUUCAAAUUUUACAGCGACUGGCCAGAUCAUCUCUUGCCAUCCAUUGGCUUCACUCAUGUAAAGCUUUCACAAAUUGGAGACCCAGAUGCCCAUUUUGGUCUCUUGAAUGAUCCGUUAAAUCUCUUCAACAAGCUUCGCAGCUUGCCUAGAUCAUUACAAACCAAUCCAGACGAUGGAACGCCGUGCUGUCGAUUGUACUUGGUGGAAGCUUCUGGUUCACCGGAACAAAGUGCUGGGCAUAAAGGGCCUAUUAGUCAGUCCUGAUACGUACAUAUAUUUGCCACCAAUUCAUGUCUACUCAUAAUCUUGUCUUAGUUGUCUGGAUACAGCCUCAUUGAUUGUAUCGAACAAUUGCACAUGGAAAGUGAACAUCAUAUAUAAUGGCAAAAUCGUGCAAUGGAUGUUACCCCAUGACCCAUGUGAUGUUGCUCGUCCAAUUUCUACCCCCAUGGCCAAGUGCUAGAGGGGGCUUGAUGGAAGACUAAAACUUUUUUCUGUUACAUGUGGAAAAAAUAUGCUAUGUACAAAAAUAAUGCAUUUAGUAAUAUCCUUAAAUAAUAGUAUUUCUUAUUUCUUAACCCGCGGACCUUUCGCCAAUCCAUACGCCAGCCCUUAACUGAAACUUCUGUCUGACAAAAUCCACAUGGUUUCUUCAAAUCAAAGCGACCCGUUUAACAAAACUAAGUAAUAAACAAAAAAACAGUACAAUUUAUUCAAUAUAUUCGAUCCAUAAAAAUGAAUCAACAAUUUAAUAAAUGUUUAGAAUUCUUUCUUGAAAAGAUUUUUAAUUUUUUUAAGUGCGUUUUUUAAUAUUAUAAACUUAUGAAUCUUAUUUCUAACAUGAAACUUUAAUGUUAUUAUAUUACCUGAUUAUAUUCUAAAUAAUAAAAUUGAUCAGAAGUAAAAACAGAUCCCCAUUUUAAAAUCACUUGUUACUUUUCUCCCACGUACAAUUUGAAACUACAACAAAAUCUUCAGAUCCUGCCAUUCGCUGAAAAUUGCUAGCUAGUACCAACUACUCACAUGAAAAAUAAAUAUAUCAAAAUCCAUCAUUAAUUUUAAUCAAACUUCCUAUUUUUUAAUAUAUUUAAUUUAAUAUUUGUUCAAUCAAAUGCAAAUGGGUGAAUUUGUGGAAUUUUUUUUGCGGCAACUGUUUCGAACUAAGCAGUUUCCUCAGCUAACUUUUAGUGACUGAAAAGAGGGAAUAAAAAACAAAAACCGAGAACAGAACGCAAUGGAACAAAAUCCUGUAAUUUGUACU